AGGUCUAGCAUGGGCAUUGGCUGAUGAUUGACCUUGGCCUUGCCCGCAUCGCCCGCCUGGUGCCGUCCAGCUCGCUUGCCUGGAAAGCCAUCCACAUUGCCGGCACGAAUGGUAAAGGAUCUAUCGCCGGUUACCUGUCGUCGUUACUGACGGCCGGGGGUGUUCGUUGCGGCUCGUUUACCUCUCCCCACCUGGUCGACCGCUGGGACUGCAUCACCAUCAACGAGCGGACGGUGCACGAGUCGCUCUUCCGACAGGUAGAGGAUCAGGUCAAGCGGCUGGACGCCAGCCUGGGGGUCGGCGCAACGGAGUUUGAGCUGCUCACGGCCACAGCCUUUGAGAUCUUUCAGCAGGAGAAGGUCGAUGUAGGAGUCGUUGAGGUUGGAAUGGGCGGCAGGCUGGAUUCGACGAACAUCCUGACGAGCGAGAGCGUGCUGGUGUCAGUGAUUGCGAACAUCGGGCUCGACCACCAGGCCAUCCUGGGCAACACGCUGGCGGAGAUUGCAUCCGAGAAGGCCGGGAUCAUGAAGCCUGGUGUACCCUGUGUUGUCGACGGGACGAACGAGGAGCAAGUCAAGACGGUGGUGAGGGAGCACGCGAGGGGGGCGGGCACUACCGCUGCCUUUGUCGAGCCGGAGAGCAUGGUGUCUGCCUAUCCACAGCUGCGGCAGAGAUUCCACGACCUGGCGGCGCAGCCACAUCAACAGUCGAACAUCUCCUGCGCGAUUGCUGCCUUGGAACAUGCCCUACCACGGUUACGACCAGACCUGAAGCCCAGUGAUCUACUUCCGUUCCUACCUCCCAACCCCCGCGCCGGUAGGCUGCAGCUCAUCGAUCUGUGGCCCCUCAUACCUAGCCGUGAACUUGUGCUGCUGGACGGUGCACACAACCCUCAGUCGGCCAGAGUUCUCUCAUCCUACGUCGACCAGACGCUGCGUCGUCCGGAGGCAAACAUCACCUGGGUCAUUGCCGCAUCCCAGGGCAAGAACCUACAGGAACUGUUUGGCUGCAUGCUCCGGCCGGGAGAUAACGUAGCAGCUGUCCAGUUUGGCCCUGUCGACGGGAUGCCAUGGGUUAGGAGCGUUCCCGCCGCCGACCUUCUCACAACGGCCCGGUCCAUCACCGAUACAAAAGGGCCAACCUCGACCACCCAGUUUGGACAUGACAUCCUACAGGCACUGCAGUGGGCACAUAGCACCGCCGCUGGCAACCCCAUCGUCAUCGCCGGCAGUCUCUACCUCGUAUCUGACGUCCUCCGUCUCCUUCGCCAGACUGCCGCAGAUGCAGACGCAGACACACAUGUGGCUCGCACUGUGGCUUAUGUAUAA